AAGUGAUGUUCUGUUGCGACACUUGGAGAGUUUACAUGCCCGUGAGUCACUUGCUAGGAUUGUUAUUGAUGAAGCGCAUUGUGUAAGCCAAUGGGGACAUGAUUUUAGACCAGAUUAUCAGUGUCUUGGUAUCUUGAAACAGAAGUUCCCAAAUAUACCAGUUCUGGCCUUGACUGCUACUGCCACAGCCAGUGUCAAAGAAGAUGUGGUACAGGCUCUUGGUCUUGUUAACUGCAUUGUUUUUAGGCAAAGCUUCAAUCGGCCGAACUUACAGUAUUCUGUUAUUCCCAAGACAAAAAAGUGUCUGGAGGACAUUGAUAAUUUCAUCAAAGAAAAUCAUUUUGAUGAAUGUGGUAUCAUUUAUUGUCUUUCAAGAAUGGACUGUGAAAAAGUUGCGGAGAAAUUACAGGAAUGUGGACACAAAGCAGCAUUUUACCACGGUAGCAUGGAUGCUGCUCAACGUGCAUUUGUUCAGAGACAGUGGAGCAAGGAUGAGAUAAACAUAAUAUGUGCAACGGUUGCAUUUGGGAUGGGUAUCAAUAAACCAGAUGUUCGAUUUGUCGUUCAUCAUUCUCUUCCAAAAUCUAUUGAAGGCUACCAUCAGGAGUGUGGCCGUGCUGGUAGGGAUGGUCAGCGUUCAUCUUGUGUGUUAUAUUACAGCUACAGUGAUUAUAUGCGAGUCAAGCAUAUGAUUAGUCAAGGAGUAAUAGAGCAAAGCCCUUUAGCAUCCGGAUAUAAUCGCCCAAGUAUGGCAAAUUCUGGGAGGAUAUUGGAAACGAAUACUGAAAACCUGUUACGAAUGGUCAGUUACUGUGAGAAUGAUGUUGAUUGUCGUCGUCUCCUACAGCUCCUCCAUUUUGGGGAAAAAUUUGAUUCUGUCAACUGCAGAAAAACAUGUGACAAUUGUUCCAAAAUUCAAAACCUUAUUGAGAAAGAUGUCACCGAGAUUGCAAAGCAAUUGGUUGAACUGGUGAAGCUAACAGGACAGCAGUUUUCAUCGUCCCAUAUCUUGGAAGUCUACAGGGGUUCAUUGAGCCAAGUUGUCAAGAAACAUAGACAUGAUUCCUUAAGCCUGCAUGGAGCUGGAAAAAAUCUAGCCAAGGGUGAAGUGUCCCGUGUGCUUCGUCAUCUUGUUACUGAGGAUUUUCUUUUGGAGAAUGUAAAGAAAAGUGAUGUAUAUGGUUCUCUGUCAUCAGCAUUAAAGGUGAAUGGAUCCAAGGUCUCCAAUCUCUAUGCUGGUAGUCAAAUAAUCAAAUUAAGAUUCCCUUCUGUUAAAGCAUCUAAACAGGGUAAAUCUGGACCAACUCCAGCAAAAGGCUCGCAAACGUCAUGGAAGCUAAGUCCUCCACAAAUGGACACUUCUGCCCAACCUCAGUCAGAAGUUGACGUGAACCUCUCAGCCAAAUUGUAUUCUGCUCUACGAAUGCUUCGAUUGGUGCUUACGAAGGAAGCUGGGGAAAGGGUCAUGACAUACCACAUAUUUGGAAAUGCUACAUUGCAGCAAAUCAGCAAGAGAAUACCCAGAACUACGGAUGAGCUUUUAGAGAUUAAUGGCAUUGGCAAGGUCAAGAUAGUCAAGUAUGGAGAUCGGAUCCUGGAAACCAUUGAAGCUACCAUUAAGGAACACUACAAGGGACACAAAACCAACAGCAGUAACGACAGUAAUGAUUCUGCAAAACGGAGAAGAGACACAAUUAAGGCCUCAAAUGGGAACUUCAAAGAUGGCGAGGAUGACUUCUUUCAAAGCACUGGCCGGUCUAAGAAAAGGAUACUGAAAAAGCAGACUAAGUGUCCCGAGGUUAUUGAUUAUAGGGAGCCAGAUUAUUAUGAGGAAUGUGUAGAUGAGGAUCUAGAUUUCGAUGAUUCUAACUGUAACAUUGGAGUUAAUGGCUCCAAUAUAAAGAUUGAUCGGAAUGGUGGAGGAAGAGUGCUGCCUUCUUGGUCAGGAUUGUAGUAUAUUUGUUUUUAAAUAGUACACCUUUUAUAGGUUAUAUAUAAGUUAAUGUUACAAGGGCGGGUUUUUGGAGUUAGCUCACCCUCGUGGGAUCGUGACUCUUUGUCCCGGCCAUUAUAGCGGUUUAUGCCUGUUUUUCUG